GUUAAAGGUACUUCCUAUUUCCAGAUAUUUUCAGUCUAUAUAAACCUGCUUCCAUUUUCUUUGUGUUGCUUCACUCAUUGCUAAUGAGAUCGUUUCGAGUUUCUGUCUUAUUAUUUACCCUUUUAGGGAUUGUGAUGGCAUAUAGAGAUUCUCCGGACAAGUGCUAUCAGUCCCCUCGGUCUUAUGGACCUUGUAAUGUUAAGGCCCAUGGAUACACCUAUGAUUAUCGUAGAAAUGUAUGUCGUCGAAUUGUUCUUCGGUGUAUGGCAAGGGGCAACUAUUUCUUUGACAAAGAAUCCUGCGAAUACACAUGCUUAAAGUAUAUUCAGUAACAUAAAUGUUUGUACACGCCCUAA